GGGUGGCAGUUAGGGUGGGGCAUUGUGAGCUGUCAGGGAGGGCAUUGUGAAGUGUGGGGUGGGGCAUUGUGUGCCACAUGCCUGGGCUCCCACCUGGGCCAGUGGGCUUCAGUCUGUAGGUGACUACAGAAGGAGGAGGAGCUCCGUCUGUUCUCUCUUCAGGCAGUUGUUGUGUCUCUCAGCGCUUGUUGGGUUCACAACCUAUUAAAUAAGCCGGCUGGUCUUCACCCUCCCAGACAAGUCAACUCAGGGGAGGCAGCAGGGUGCAGGCCUUGGCCCACAGCCCUAGCCAAGGCCGGGGCCGGGGCCAGGGCCAAGGCUCGGGGCCGGGCUGUGAGGUGGGCAGGCGAGCAGCGGGCAAGACCAUCUCUGCAACUGCAGCAUGGCCUCGGCCUAGGACAGCUGGAGUGCGUGGCCAAAGCUGUGAGCAGAGACACAGGCAGGAGCUGGGGACAGGAUGGCUGGAGCACCCAUGGCUGCUGCUGUACAGCCUGCUGAGGUGACUGUUGAAGUUGGUGAGGACCUCCACAUUCAUGACCGGGAGAUGCCUGAAGAUUUGGAUAAUCUGAUAAUCCAGAGGCAAGCACAAUGCUGCAGAGAAACUCUCAAACAGAUGGUAUCUACUGAGCAUUUUAGUCAACAAUACAGCUCAUAUUUGACAAUUUUCCUUGAUGACAGCACAGCCAGCCAGCCUUAUCUUACAGUGACAAUAAUAUCCGUGACCUUGGAGAUAUAUCAUGAUAUCACACAAAGUUCAUGCCGUGGAGGAAGUGAAGGAGGUGGUGGGACAUGCCAAGGAGACUGGAGAGAAAGCCUUUCAGAGCCUCUCGGCUGGGGCAGUUACCUAUGCUCAUCGGAGGCCACAGACUGUACUGCAUUAGGGCACUAUCUAGAUGGUUCUCUCCAUGGAAUGAUAAGAAGACAAAGUCACAAAAGACUAUGUGACAGCACACUGGGACAAAUCAUUUAACAUCCAUUGCAGAAGCCAUAAAGAAAGCCCAAGAGUCAGGGGACAAAAAGAUGAAGGAAGUCAGUGAGACAGUGACCAACACAGUCAAAAAUGCCAUAACCCAUGCAGCAGAGAGUCUGGGCAAACUUGGACAGUGAAUGCACCAGCUACCAUGGCCCACCCUUCCCGAGUCUCAAUAAAAAGCCAUGAAAUGUG